GUGGGGGAGGGGGAGAGGGUGGUCACUGACAGCGCAUCGGGGACCCAUGGGUCCCGUGGCUGCCUGUCCCCGUGUCUCAAGACAGUGACAACUGCCUGGAGGGUCGUUACGAUGGACACGGAGUGGCGGGCUGCUCCUCACACAGGGGCCAAGGGGAGAGGUUACCCUGGCCCGAAAAGAAGGCCAACCUUGACUGGUCCUGGCAGGAAAACAGCAGUGCUAGAGGCCUGCCUGACCCAGCCUGGGCCCCUGGGGGCUGACUGGCUUCCCACCCGACCUUGGCCACCUCCUGGCUGCCCGACUGUGGGCCAGCUGGGUCACCCUGGGCUGCACCUGUCUCUCAGGGUCCCUGUGGGGACUGGCUGGCCUCGCCUGGCACAUGGGGGAGGGGCCGGCACUUCAGGCAGCGAGAGCAGCAUGAACGAACACCCGGAGAUAGGGCCCAGGGUGACUUGCCCAGUAGGUGCCACCUACCAGCCCUGGAGCCUCUCUCUAGGGUCCUGUGUACCCAGACUGCUAGAUGCCUGCCAGCCCCUCCUCAGCCUCCCUGUGUCCACACAGCUCCACUGGCCAGACGGUGUCUCAGGCAGCCCUUGGGAUCAGAAAGACGAUAUUCCCAUUCUGUGGAUGAAAAAGGGAGGCAUGCCACAAUGAAGCCAUGUCCCUGAGGCCAUACGGGUAAAGCCUGAACAGGGACUAGGUGCUGCCACCUCUGGUUUCAGGCCCAGUGGUCACUCGAGCGCCACACAGCUGCUGCCAGCUCCCAGCAUGAGCCAGGGGUUCUCAACCUGGGCCAUGUUGACCCCGGGGACAUUCAGUGAUACAUGGAGACAUCUUGGGUUGUCAGAACUCAGAGGAAUAGUGUUCCUGGCAUCUUGCGGGUGGAGGCCAGGGAUGCUGCUCAACACCCAAUGGUGCACAGGGCGGCCCUCACCACAGAGAAUGACCCAGCCCCAAGUGUCAAUGGUGACGUGGUUGAGAAACUGCUGUAAUUUGGUCUUCACCAAUUUGAGGUUACUGGUGAUCUUCUGUGUUUCUAGAAAGCCCAGGGAGUCAUCUCUGAAGUCAUCACCUCCUUGGGCCUCAGGUUCCAUAUUGGGAAAAUAGGAACCAGGGCCCCCUUGCUGCUGGUUGACAGAAUAAAAGAGCUGGGUAUAAAAGUGUGUAUUACAGAAGAUGCUCAAUAAAGGGCCGAGCUGCACAGGGAUCUGCUUGUGCAGUUCCCUCUUCCCCACUUGGUUUAACACACCUCUUGCGAGGAACUAUGUCCCCCACCAUGAGAAAGAAUGAUCUGGUACAAAUGCCAACAGUGCCAGCCAGCGUGGAGAAACCCUAAUGGAAAGUAACCUGCCAGGCUCAUGCUCCAUAGAAGCACUCUUUCUGGAGGUGGCUAGUGUCCCAGGCAGCCACGCAUGUGC